UCUCUCUCUCUUUUUCUCUUGCGACAUGGCUGAGCCGGAACCACGAGAUGAUCCCGAAUAUAUGAAAAACUUCCCAAAUGGCUUUCUUUAUUUUGAUGUCACCCAUACCUGUUUUCUCGAAGAGGACAGAGAUUCGAAUCUUGAAGAAGAGUCGGCUAAGAUAAAUCCGGAGCUUUGUGAUGAUGUUUUCGCUCGAAAACCACAACUGAAAGACUCUGCUUCUUGUUCCGCCAUUAACGAGGCCACCAAGAAAACAUAUACUUCUUCUUCAAGAAACCGUGACAGUAGUGAAUCUGGCGAGAUAAGGAGGGUAGGUGAUAAAGAAGAUGAUCGCAAGGAAUCUGAUGAGGAAUGUGAUUUAUACUAUAGAUUUCAUGAGAUCGAGAGGUUUUAUGAUAGAUUUUUUGGGUUGUCAGACCAUAGAGAAGAAGCUGAAAACAGAGAAAUACAGAGCCACGAAGAAACUUGUAGUCUUAUUACUCAGCCUUCACAUCAGAAUCCAAGGCUUAAUCUAAUUGCUACGAGGGAUCAAACGAUGAACCUGCGACAGCAACUCACAAGACCAAACCGUGAAUCAACAUCGUCUACAAGUGAUCGAAACAAAAACCAACCAACUCUCUCCAAAUGCAGCACCAUGGAGCCCUCAUAACACAAAUCAGAAUCGAAAUCGUUCUGAGUCUGAAAUGUCUCAAGUGAUGAUGCCUUCUAGAGAAAAUGCUGGAUUAGGUCAUCAGAAUCCAAGGGUUAGUCAGAUUAGUAGAAGUGGAUCAACAUCGUCUACAAGUGAUCGAAACAAUAUCAGACAACCUAUUGGUAUGCAGAGUCAACUUUCUCCCAAUGCAGCACCAUGGAGCCCUAAUAACAACACAUAUCAGCAGCUUCCAGUGGCUAACCAGAUUCGAGGGACUGCAUUAGAAGAUCCCAACUAUGCACCAUGGCGACUUCAGAACACAUAUCAGCAGCUUCCAGUGGCUAACCAGAUGGUCAAGGAUUCGAUAAUGAACCCAUAUCAACAUUCAAUGGCUGACCAUCAUAACUUUUAUCAACAUUUAGUGGCUGACCUGAAAUUCUGGAAUGCCCCAAGAAGACAGCCAAGAUCAUUUGCUAUAGGUCAGAACUAUUUCAACUCACGACAAGCACGGCCUGAGCUGAAUCUACAAAUGCUGCAACGUGUACCUCAAACGCAACAGCCAACGCAGUUUCAAGGAUUAUCUUCUGAACAAGGCUAGCAGCAGCCUAGGUAAACGAUUCUUGACAUGAUUUUCAAGUUUUUCGUUUUAAUAAAACUCUCUCGGGUUGAUUUUGGUAACUGUAAAUGAACUGGUGGUGAUGACUAUUUAGUCAAAGAUAUAUAUUCUUUAAGUGUGGAACAACACGUAAUCAAUUUCCAUACUUUUCACUGAAGAUUAAAAGUUCACUCUAGU